GGAAACCUCACAAAUAGAAACAAAUUCCACCAUUCUCGCUACCUCCGACUCCAAUUUCCAUUCUGAUCAGAAAACACUACAAUGGCGUCUCGUAUUGCUCAAAUUGCUGGUCAUCUCAAUUAUCCCAAGGGAUUACUUGCUGGUCAAGUAGCUAUAAUUACCGGUUCUGGUCAAGGUAUUGGUGCGGAAACUGCGAAACUCUUCGCGAAUGAAGGAGCCAAAGUGAUUAUAUCUGAUAUUGAUGGCGCCAAAGCCAAAUCCGUCGCCGACGAAAUCAAUUCCGCAGAAAGCGGCCGCGCAGUCGCAGUUCCAGGCGACAUGCUUGAUGCCGAGUAUCUCAAAGUACUUGUGAAAAAAGCUGCAGAAUUUGGAAACGGAAAAAUUCAUAUAAUAGUAAACAAUGCGGGAUAUACAUGGGAUGGCGUAAUCCACAAAAUGACUGACAAACAAUGGGAAAACAUCUUGGCUCUCCACAACACCGCCCCUUUUAAACUCAUCCGCGAAGCAGCGCCCUAUUUUCGCGUCACAGAUGGUGAACCGAGAUGUAUAGUAAAUAUAUCUUCUACAUCAGGUGUUCAUGGUAGUGCCGGCCAGGCCAAUUACGGAGUUGCGAAAUCGGGAAUUAAUGGACUUACGAAAGUGAUUGCGAAAGAAUGGGGUCCGAAGUUUGGAGUAAGAUGUAAUAGUAUAGCAUUUGGACAUAUAUUGACGAGAUUGACUGCUGCGAAAGAAGAGGGAGCUUUUGUGACAACGCCGGAUGGAGAGAAAAUUGCGUUGGGGAUACCGAAGGGUCAGGGGAGUCAGGGUAAAGAUGCGAAUUUGGAUAUUCCGUUGAGGAGGGCGGGUACGGCAGAGGAAGCGGCGAAGAGUAUUUUGGCGGUCGCGAGUCCGUUGUUUGGGUAUGUGACGGGGCAGGUUAUUAUGGUUACGGGAGGGAGAAAUAUGUAGGUUUAUUUAGGUAUCAGAAAUGAUGUGUUGUUUUGCUCCGGGGUAUAGUUGCUUUACUUAUGCUUGAGUGAACAUACCUUUUGAAAAUGGGUCAUCAUUUUUUCGAAAAUUUCGAAGAAAUUUCUAUCGAUUCCCAUGGUUUCCCGAUUCGAUCUUUUCCUUGAUAGGCAUAGGAAUUUCAAAUAGAACCACGCAAAUCGGCACCUGCUAAUGAAAUAAC